AUGUUAGCUUUGUUCCUAGAAUCAUUCUUAUCCAUCAAAAUUGAGGAUUCCAUGGUUGUCCACACCAAAAAUAUAGAAUCUUACAUAGUUUACAUGGGAGAGUCUUCGUUUUCCCCAUUAUCAUCAACUGGAGAGAGUUCUUUUUCAGAAUUAGAUGUGCAGCACAUGACCAAAUCACACUUUGAUCUUCUUGGAUCAUGCUUGGAGAGCAAAGAGAAUGUCCAGGAUGUGAUGAUUUACUCUUACACUAAAUGUAUCAAUGGUUUUGCUGCAAACCUCAAUGAAGCUCAAGUAGCUGCCAUGAAAGGUAAUCCGGGAGUGAUAUCGGUUUUCGAGAACAAGGAAAGAAUGUUGCACACAACACAUUCAUGGGAAUUUAUGGGAUUUGAAGCAAAUGGAGCACCUACCCUCAGCUCGCUUCAGAAAAAGGCAAACUUUGGUGAAGGUGUAAUCAUUGCAAAUCUUGAUACCGGUAAGGUUCCGUCCUUGAAGCUCCAAGGGAAAAAUUUUAACAAUGUUCAUAUUGGUUCUUUGCCAAUUGUAAUACUCUCUUACAUUUUUUGGCUGCGUACUAUCACUAUAGGUGUAUGGCCAGAAUCCAAGAGCUUUAAUGAUGAGGGAAUGGGCCCUGUGCCAUCAAGAUGGAAGGGAACUUGUCAGGCUGGAGGUGGAUUUAAGUGCAACAAAAAGCUUAUUGGUGCAAGGUACUUCAACAAAGGUUUUGCUUCUGCAAGUCCUACUCCAAUCCCUACAGAAUGGAAUACUGUCCGUGACACCGAGGGCCACGGUUCCCACACCUUAUCUACAGCUGGUGGUAGCUUUGUUCCUGGAGCGAGUAUUUUUGGUUAUGGGAAUGGAACUGCUAAAGGUGGAUCGCCAAAAGCUCACGUGGCUGCUUACAAAGUAUGCUGGCCUUCAGACAAUGGUGGAUGCUUUGAUGCAGAUAUCUUGGCAGCUUUUGAUGCUGCCAUAGGUGAUGGAGUUGAUGUGAUCUCAAUGUCGUUGGGUCCACAUCAAGCUGUAGAAUUUUUGCAAGAUGGAAUGGCCAUUGGCUCCUUCAAUGCCAUCAAGAAAGGCAUUCCCGUCGUUGCUUCAGCCGGCAAUAGCGGACCAGUUGCUGGGUCCGUGGCUCAUGGGGCUCCCUGGUUGUUUACGAUUGGUGCUAGUACACUGGAUCGUGAGUUUUCAGCCACUGUUACUCUUGGCAACAAGAAGUUUUUCAAGGGAUCAAGUGUUGCAAGUAAAGGCUUACCAGCUGGGAAAUUCUAUCCAUUGAUCAAUGCCGCAGAAGCAAGGCUUCCUACAGCACCAGCUGCAGAUGCUCAGCUAUGCCAAAAUGGAACACUUGAUCCCAAGAAGGUUGCAGGGAAAAUUGUAGUAUGCCUUCGAGGAAUAAACAGUAGAGUAGUAAAAGGACAUGAGGCUGAGCUUGCUGGUGCCGUUGGGAUGAUAUUGGCAAAUGAUGAAGAAAGUGGAAGUGAAAUUUUGUCCGAUCCUCAUAUGCUCCCUGCUGCCCACCUCACGUUCACUGAUGGUCAAGCUGUAAUGAACUACAUCAAGUCGACCAAAAAUCCUACAGCAUCAAUUAGUCCAGUACAUACAGAUUUAGGAGUCGUGCCGAAUCCUGUGAUGGCUGCAUUCUCAUCAAGGGGACCUAGUUUAAUUGAGCCAGCAAUACUCAAGCCUGAUGUCACUGCACCUGGGGUUGAUGUAAUCGCUGCUUUCACUGAAGCUCUAGGGCCAUCUGAACUACCUUUUGACAAGCGUCGGACACCUUACAUCACCAUGUCUGGCACUUCAAUGUCAUGCCCUCAUGUUUCCGGCAUUGUUGGCCUCCUUAGAGCUAUCCAUCCAGAUUGGAGUCCAGCUGCUCUUAAAUCUGCAAUCAUGACAACAGCAAAAACAAUAUCUAACUCCAAGAAGAGAAUACUCGAUGCUGAUGGCCAACCCGCGACACCAUUUGCAUAUGGUGCAGGACAUGUGAAUCCAAAUCGUGCAGCAGAUCCUGGCCUAGUUUAUGACACGAACGAGAUUGAUUACCUUAACUUCUUAUGUGCCCAUGGCUAUAACAGUACCUUCAUAAUGGAAUUCUCAGGCGUGCCUUAUAAAUGUCCUGAGAAUGCUAGCUUGGCUGAAUUCAACUAUCCUUCAAUUACAGUACCUGAUCUCAAUGGCCCAGUGACUGUUACACGCCGAGUGAAGAACGUAGGGGCUCCGGGCACAUACACAGUCAAAGCUACGGCACCACCUGAGGUUUCAGUGGUUGUUGAACCUUCAAGCUUGGAAUUCAAGAGAGCCGGUGAAGAGAAGAUUUUCAAGGUUACGUUUAAGCCUGUAGUGAAUGGAAUGCCGAAAGACUACACAUUUGGGCACCUUAGGUGGUCAGAUAGCAACGGCCAUCAUGUCAAGAGUCCUCUUGUGGUGAAGCAUGCGUAGAUGUUCAUUGUAGAUGACAAUUUCAGUGCACACAACUGUACUUUCAUCUACAAUCUUCCCACUGAUUCAAUUCAAUUCAAUUUAUUUAUUUUUUCA